AAAGCUGGGGUGAAAAAAAGCUGGUAGCAAUUUUGGUGUUUGGUAAACUUUGAAAAACAGCUUUAUUUCAAAGUUGAGGGUGAAAAAAAGCCCAAAACCUGAAGCUGCAAAUAGCAGCUUCAGAAAACAGCUUAUUUUCAAAACACGGAGCUACAGUAAUUCUUUUAAUGAAAAUUUCAAAUUACCAAUGUUGCCUUCGUUUCUCUCUGCCUUCUCUCUCGCACGCCCUCCUAGAAAUCACAGAACAUUCACACCCUCUUCUCUCUCGCACGCCCUCCUGAAAUCGCCCUCUUCUCCUCUGUUGCCUGCAGUUGCACCUCUUCUCCUCCUCCUCCUUUUCCUCUCUCUCCGUCGGUCUCAGCGCCAGCCGUCGCCUUCCCUCCUUCUAUCGCCGUCGCCUUCCCUCUUUCCUCUGACGAGUCUAAUGUACAAAUUGCACCAGCUUAUGCCAAAGAGGGAAAAUUUUCGAUUGACUAUAUUUCCUGGACCUGUGGAUCGUGCUUUGGUAGCAGCCUUGAUUGUAAUAUUUCUCGAUUGAUCCCGGAUUAUAGAAGACCUGGCAUUGAACGUUUUCAAAAUUCUCAACGUUACAAUACAACCUAACAAGGGUAGAAUCAACCAGACGCGAAGACAUGAAGUAGUUAAAGCCCCCGAUACUUAUCAACAGACCGAUUGGUCAGUAGUUCAUGAUCUCUGGAACCAUUUUUCCCGUUCAAGAGUUGGAUUACAUUUUGUUGUCAGCUAUUAGGCACAAAACGGUGUACUUCAGCAUCACUUUUUAAAGAUCUAUGAUCAAGUAGCUUAGGUCUUUGCUGUUCUUUCAAAGAAAUUGUGGUCUUCAGUGCAAAUUCGAUGAUUUUUUGAAGUUUGCGAAGGGUUGAAACUGGCUAGGAUUUUCCAGUUACUUGUCUUAGGUAUGAACUACAUGUUUCAAGUCGA